AUGAUGUUUGUUUAUUUUAAUGACUUAGUGAGUGAAGUGUCGCGGUAUGUUUCCUUAACUCCACCGGUCGUGAAACGGCUGUUAGGGUGGAAAAAGGGCCCCGAGGGUUCAUCUGCUGCCGAAGAUAAAUGGUCUGAGAAGGCAGUGAAGAGUUUAGUUAAGAAAUUAAAGAAAGCGGCUCUCGAAGAAUUGGAAAAGGCGAUAUCAAGCCAAAAUAGUCAUACGAAAUGCGUAACUAUUCCCAGAGUGAAACCUAACGAGAACGUGAUAAGCGGACAGUACCGUAAAGGAUUGCCGCAUGUUGUUUACUGCAGGCUGUGGCGUUGGCACAGCUACAGCCAGCAUGAGCUAAAACCAGUGGACCACUGUGAAUACGCUUAUCAGUUGAAGAAAGACGAGGUCUGCAUCAACCCUUAUCAUUACAAUAAAAUUGAUUCACCCGCAUUGCCCCCGAUCCUGGUGCCCCGGCACGGAGACAGCGAGGUCCGCGCGCCGCCGCCCUACACGGACUAUCACCAGCCGCAUCACGAACACACUGACACCAUUGCCCCGAUCCUGGUGCCCCGGCACGGAGACGAGGUCCGCGCGCCGCCGCCCUACACGGACUAUCACCAGCCGCAUCACGAACACACUGACACGUUAGUAUUAUUAUCAUAUUGCCCCAGCAUUGCCCCGAUCCUAGUGCCCCGGCACGGAGACAGCGAGGUCCGCGCGCCGCCGCCCUACACGGACUAUCACCAGCCGCAUCACGAACACACUGACACGUUAGUAUUAUUAUCAUAUUGCCCCAGCAUUGCCCCGAUCCUGGUGCCCCGGCACGGAGACAGCGAGCAUUGCCCCGAUCCUAGUGCCCCGGCACGAGACAGCGAGGUCCGCGCGCCGCCGCCCUACACGGACUAUCACCAGCCGCAUCACGAACACACUGACACCAUUGCCCCGAUCCUGGUGCCCCGGCACGGAGACAGCGAGGUCCGCGCGCCGCCGCCCUACACGGACUAUCACCAGCCGCAUCACGAACACACUGACACGUUAGUAUUAUUAUCAUAUUGCCCCAGCAUUGCCCCUGAUCCUAGUGCCCCGGCACGGGACAGCGAGGUCCGCGCGCCGCCGCCCUACACGGACUAUCACCAGCCGCAUCACGAACACACUGACACCAUUGCCCCGAUCCUAGUGCCCCGGCACGGAGACAGCGAGGUCCGCGCGCCGCCGCCCUACACGGACUAUCACCAGCCGCAUCACGAACACACUGACACGUUAGUAUUAUUAUCAUAUUGCCCCAGCAUUGCCCCGAUCCUAGUGCCCCGGCACGGAGACAGCGAGGUCCGCGCGCCGCCGCCCUACACGGACUAUCACCAGCCGCAUCACGAACACACUGACACGUUAGUAUUAUUAUCAUAUUGCCCCAGCAUUGCCCCGAUCCUGGUGCCCCGGCACGAGACAGCGAGGUCCGCGCGCCGCCGCCCUACACGGACUAUCACCAGCCGCAUCACGAACACACUGACACCAUUGCCCCCGAUCCUAGUGCCCCGGCACGGAGACAGCGAGGUCCGCGCGCCGCCGCCCUACACGGACUAUCACCAGCCGCAUCACGAACACACUGACACUGUGAUGCAGAGCGGCGGCGUGGUGGGCGUGGGCGCUCACAGCGCCAUGUACCUGGAGGCCACGCUCGCGCAGCAGGUGCCGGGCAACACCACCGUGCAUGUGAGCUCAUCAACGGUGGAGACACCCCCGGGCUACAUCAGCGAGGACGGAGACCCGAUGGACCAUAACGACAACAUGAACUUAACCCGUCUAACCCCAUCCCCGCCGGGCCUAACAGCCGAAGCGGCCCCAGUCCUGUACCACGAGCCAGCGUUCUGGUGCAGCAUCAGCUACUACGAGCUCAACACGCGCGUGGGCGAGACCUUCCAUGCCUCGCAGCCCUCCAUCACCGUGGACGGCUUCACCGACCCCAGCAACAGCGAGAGGUUCUGCCUAGGCCUGUUGUCUAACGUGAAUCGUAACGAGGUGGUGGAACAAACUCGCAGACACAUCGGCAAAGGAGUCAGACUGUAUUAUAUUGGCGGCGAAGUAUUCGCGGAAUGCCUGAGCGACUCGUCGAUAUUCGUGCAGAGCCCCAACUGCAACCAGCGCUACGGCUGGCAUCCCGCCACCGUCUGCAAGAUACCACCAGGUCAGCUGCAACCUAAAAUCUUCAACAACCAGGAGUUCGCAGCGCUGCUGUCGCAGUCUGUGUCGCAGGGCUUCGAGGCGGUGUUCCAGCUCACGCGCAUGUGUACCAUACGCAUGAGCUUCGUCAAGGCUGGGGCCGAGUACAGACGUCAAACAGUGACAUCGACGCCGUGCUGGAUCGAGCUGCACCUGAACGGUCCGCUGCAGUGGCUCGACCGCGUCCUCACGCAGAUGGGCUCGCGCCUGCCCUGCUCCUCCAUGUCCUAG